GUGAAUUGCUGAGCAAGGGGACUGAACCGCAGUCAUGGGAUGUGGGACGUCAAUCAACACUAAGAGACAGGCCAAGAAAUCUGAGAAAGCUAUUAAGUCAGCCAUACUUAUUCAACGGUGGUACCGUCGCUUUUUGGCACGAAUGGAGAUGAAACGUCGCUACGCCUGGAGCAUCUUUCAGUCCAUUGAGUAUUCUGGAGAACAAGAUCAACUGCAGGUGAAUUUCAUUCAGAUUAAAUGUGCAACAAUGUUUGCACAUUUAUAUUGCUUUGACAAUAUCGAUGAUAUUUAAAUAUCACCGCCUUCAACAGAGAAAGACCUGCUUUGCCAACUGUUCAAUCCAGCAGGGGACAUGGCUGAAAACACAGAGAUAGAAGAAGUACCAGAAUAUGAAAGGAUUGAAAUUCCGGAUUCAUAUACUGGACCACGACUGUCUUUUCCUCUUACGCCUGUGGAUGGCAAUAUUUUGCUUAAAGCAUUUAAACAUCAACAACAGCUUCAUCCUCGCUACGUCUUGCAGCUUCUGCAUGAGACCAAGAAGUUCUUGAAACAGAUUCCAAACAUCACCCACUUGUCAACACACUUCUCCAAGGAGGUAACAGUUUGCGGAGAUUUACAUGGGAAACUGGACGACCUUUUGUUAAUUUUCUACAAGAAUGGUCUUCCUACACCUGAAAAACCCUACGUAUUUAAUGGGGAUUUUGUUGACAGAGGAAAAAAUUCCAUGGAAAUUAUAAUAAUUUUGUUUGCAUUUCUUCUGAUCUAUCCAAAUGAUUUACAUCUAAACAGAGGAAAUCACGAGGAUCAUAUUAUGAAUUUAAGAUACGGUUUUAAGAAAGAGGUUGUGCAAAAGUAUAAGUUUCAUAGCCGAAGGAUUCUACAACUGAUACAAGAGGUUUUUAGUUGGCUGCCAUUAGCAACAAUAAUUGACCAUAAGGUGCUGGUUCUCCAUGGAGGUAUCUCUGAUGCAACAGAUUUGGAUAUUCUGGCUUCGAUAGAGAGGUGCAAGUUAAAGUCAGCACUCCGGCCACCAAAAGCAUGUUUGGAAAGAAAGGAUGAAAAGUGCCUUGGAAGAUCUGGCCUUGAGGAACAAUAUUCACAGCUAUUGGACAGCAAUGGGAAUGUGCAAGAACCACUGAAAGUACGCAGAACUUCAAGAAACAAUGCAUUCUGCUUAGAGAGGCAGACAUCUGGGUCAUCAGUUUCAUCAUCUUCCCCAUUGUCUAGUCACUACUUAAAUGAAUUGCUCCCAAGUCAUUUGAAUCAGAAACAAAAGCAACUAUUGGAUGGCAAUGAGCGAGAGAGGCUCCAACACAAUGAGUACUGCUCCACUACUAUCUUGGAAGUGUCCCACCUGGACUGUGAAGUGCCGAUCCCCAAAAAGGCAACCAGAGUAGAUGGCGAUUGGAAGCAGAUUGUAGACAUUCUUUGGAGCGACCCGAAAAGUCUAAAUGGUUGUUUCCCAAACAGUUUCCGAGGGGGAGGAUGUUACUUUGGACCAGACAUCACAGAAAGAAUGCUAAAAAAGUACAACUUGAAGCUUCUGAUAAGAUCCCAUGAAUGCAAACAGGAUGGCUAUGAACUGUGCCAUAAUGGGAAGGUGAUCACUAUUUUUUCUGCUUCCAAUUACUAUGAAGAGUGCAGCAAUCGAGGGGCUUACAUCAAGCUCGGACCUGAUCUGGUGCCUCGUUUCGUCCAGUAUCAAGUCAGCAAAUAUACAAGAAAGAUGACGCUCCGACAAAGAGUGGGCGUGGUUGAAGCUUCUGCUCUGAAGUCUCUGCAGGAAAAGCUCUACGCUCACAGGUCAGAGGUUAUUGCGGCCUUCAAACAAUUUGAUGAGAAUAACACAGGGAAGAUUACGACAAGUGAGUGGGCGACAGCAGUGGAAUCUGUGCUUCACUUAGACCUCCCUUGGAGGACCCUUCGCCCUCGGAUGGUCCGAUUAGCUGAUGAUGGUAAUGUACAAUACCUCUCGAGCUUCGAAGACCUUCAGAUUGAACAGCCCAUGAAAGACGCUCAGCCAAGCUUAAUAGAAUCCAUGUACAGGCAUCGAGCAGACCUGGAGAUAAUUUUUGGCAUGAUUGAUAAAGAUCAUUCAGGGAUGAUCUCCAUUGAAGAAUUCCGCCAGACCUGGAAACUUUUCAGUUCACAUUUGCACAUAAACACCAACGAUCAGUCCAUUGACGACUUUGCCCGGAGCAUUGACUUCAACAAGGACGGCAACAUAGAUUUCAAUGAAUUUCUAGAGGCAUUCCGUUUGGUAUAUAAGUGUGACCAAAAGGAUAAUAACUAAUAUUAUAAAGAGAAAUCAUAUACAAAGUGUGAAUAUUAGUCAUGUUUGUUUUGCAUAGAGUACAUCACUCUUUAAGGCUAAGGAAAGCUAAAGAAAAAUAACUUGUCUGUGAUGUACAUAUUCUUGUAAUAAAUGG